AUACUGACACCGGCACAAAUUUUCUCUUUAGGUUUCGGUGUGCACCGAAAUGCAUUUGUACUGUUCACCAUUUAUAGAUAAAGGAUUGGGUGGAAGAAAGGGUGCAGUAGAGCCAUGGAGAUUCAUCAUUGGGUUGCGAUUUUCAGCUAGAUAAGAGACAAUCGAUUGUUGUGCUUCUCAGGGUUUUGGCAAGCAUUGUGACCCCAGUGCAGAAUCGAUGAUGCUUGACAACCAGUGUGCAACAGCAGGUUGCAGUGGUGGAGGACACGUGUGUGAUUUAGUUGAUUGGCCUAGAAGAUUGUGGGCCUUCAAUGUCCAACAGUUGCAGAAAGGUGUGGCGUUGAGGAAGCAACCUUGCAAUUGAGAAAGACAGUUAGAGCAUGUUGGAGUUAGCUUGUAAGAGCUUUUACUUUUUUGGUACUGUUUAUAAGUGAUAAGUUUAAAUUUUUAUUGGAGGAAAAAUUUAAAAGUUGCUUUUAGAGAGAAGAAAAAGUGAGUAAAAAGUGAGUAAAAAG